AUGGAGGAGGAGCUGAAGUGCCCGGUGUGCGGCUCCCUGUUCCGCGAGCCUAUCGUGCUGCCGUGUUCCCACAAUGUCUGCCUGCCGUGCGCUCGCACCAUCGCGGUGCAGACCCCGGACGGCGAGCCGCACCUGCCCCCGCCGCUGCUGCUCUCGCGGGGCGCCGCCGCCGCGCCCCCUCCGGAUCAAGACCCUGCGGCCGGUGCGGCCUGCGGAGGCGCCGGCGCGGGCGCAGCGGGCGGCCUGGGCGGUGGGGCGGCGGGGGGCGGCGACCAUGCGGACAAGCUGAGCUUGUACAGCGAGACGGACAGCGGCUAUGGCUCCUAUACCCCGAGCCUCAAGUCCCCCAACGGGGUCCGCGUGCUGCCCAUGGUGCCGGCGCCCCCCGGCUCCUCGGCCGCCGCAGCCCGGGGCGCCGCCUGCUCCUCGCUGUCCUCGUCCUCCUCCAGCUCCAUCACAUGUCCGCAGUGCCAUCGCAGCGCCUCCCUGGACCACCGCGGCCUGCGCGGCUUCCAGCGCAACCGGCUGCUGGAGGCCAUCGUGCAGCGGUACCAGCAGAGCCGCGGGGCCGCGCCGGGGGCCUCUGCAGCCCCGGCAGUGGCCAUCUGCCAGCUGUGCGACCGCACCCCGCCUGAGCCAGCAGCCACGCUCUGCGAGCAAUGCGACGUGCUCUACUGCUCCGCGUGCCAGCUCAAGUGCCAUCCGUCUCGGGGUCCCUUCGCUAAGCAUCGCCUGGUGCAGCCGCCGCCGCCGCCCGCGCCCCCCGAGGCUGCCCCUGCGCCCCCCGGUGCCGCCGCGGUCCCCAGCGCAGGCGGCAGCUGCAAGAGCCCCGGGGGCGGGGGCGCCGGAGCUGGCGCGGGGCGAAAGUCCCCCACAUGCCCUGAGCAUGACACGGAGAACUACAGCAUGUACUGCGUGAGCUGCCGGAGCCCCGUGUGCUACCUGUGCCUGGAGGAGGGUCGGCACAGCAAGCACGAGGUGAAACCGCUGGGGGCCACGUGGAAGCAGCACAAGGCGCAGCUGUCUCAGGCCUUAAACGGGGUUUCAGAUAAGGCCAAAGAGGCCAAGGAGUUUCUGGUUCAGCUCAAGAAUAUACUGCAGCAGAUCCAGGAAAACGGACUGGACUACGAAGCCUGCCUGGUGGCUCAAUGUGACGCCCUGGUCGAUGCGCUGACACGGCAGAAGGCCAAGCUGCUCACCAAGGUGACCAAAGAGAGGGAACACAAGCUGAAGAUGGUUUGGGACCAGAUCAAUCACUGCACACUGAAGCUGCGCCAGUCCACGGGGCUGAUGGAGUACUGCCUGGAGGUAAUCAAGGAGGAUGACCCCUCAGGCUUCCUACAGAUCUCUGAUGCACUGGUCAAGCGUGUGCAGAUGUCUCAGGAGCAGUGGGUCAAAGGUGCCCUGGAGCCGAAGGUGUCUGCGGAGUUUGACCUGACCCUGGACAGCGAGCCACUGCUGCAGGCCAUCCACCAGCUGGACUUCAUCCAGAUGAAAUGUAGGGUGCCACCCGGGCCCUUGCUUCAGCUGGAGAAGUGUUGCACCCGCAACAACAGUGUCACCCUGGCUUGGAGGACACCGCCUUUCACCCACAGCCCCGCGGACGGCUACAUCCUGGAGCUGGAUGACGGCGAUGGGGGGCAGUUCCGGGAAGUGUACGUGGGUAAGGAGACCCUGUGCACCAUCGAUGGGCUGCACUUCAACAGCACCUACAACGCCAGGGUCAAAGGUUUCAACGCCUCCGGUGUCGGGCCUUACAGUAAGACCGUCGUCCUGCAGACGUCUGACGUGGCCUGGUUCACAUUCGACCCCAACUCUGGGCACCGGGAUAUCAUUUUAUCCAAUGACAACCAGACAGCGACCUGUAGCAGCUAUGAUGACAGGGUGGUGCUGGGCACGGCUGCUUUCUCCAAGGGCGUACACUACUGGGAGCUGCAUGUGGACCGGUAUGACAACCACCCAGACCCCGCCUUUGGGGUGGCCAGGGCCAGCGUGGUCAAGGACAUGAUGCUGGGCAAGGAUGACAAAGCCUGGGCCAUGUACGUGGACAACAACCGCAGCUGGUUCAUGCAUUGCAACUCCCACACCAACAGGACCGAAGGCGGCGUGUGCAAGGGGGCCACUGUCGGGGUGCUGCUGGACUUAAACAAGCACACCCUGACGUUCUUCAUCAAUGGGCAGCAACAAGGUCCCACAGCCUUCAGUCACGUGGACGGGGUCUUCAUGCCGGCCCUCAGCCUCAACCGCAACGUACAGGUCACCCUGCACACAGGACUGGAAGUGCCAACGAACCUGGGGCGGCCAAAGCUGCCAGGCAACUAG